CCCGCCCCUGCUGCAGCCCGGGACCCCGCGCCGGCCCGCCCGUCCGCCCGCCCGCCGCGCCCUCGCUCGCCAGCCCGGGCCGCAGGGCCGCGAGUGCGGGCUCCGCCAUGCGGGCUGAGCUCUGGCUCCUGGCGCUGCUGCUCCGGGGGGCGGCCCGGGCGCUGAGCCCCCAGCCCCGCGCAGGUCAGGAUGCAGCCCAAGGCCCUGGAUGGACUGCCAAGGGGACCAUGGGGGUCUGGAGCCGGAGAGCCCGCGAGAUCCCUGGGCAGGACUCAGAGCCAGACAGGACCCAGCUGACCAUGGAUCUGGAAGGAAGUACCCUGGCUAUCGAUACUCUGCCGGACAACGAGACCAGGGUGGUGGAAGACAACCACAACUACUACGUGUCCCGUCUCUACGGCCCCAGGGAGCCCCGCAGCCGGGAACUGUGGGUGGACAUGGCCGCGGCCAACCGGAGCCACGUGAAGAUUCACAGAAUCCUCUCGAACUCUCACUGGCAGGCCUCGAGAGUGGUCUUGUCCUUUGAUUUCCCCUUCUAUGGGCACCCUCUGCGGCAGAUCACCAUAGCAACCGGAGGCUUCAUCUUCAUGGGGGACAUCAUCCACCGGAUGCUCACGGCCACUCAGUACGUGGCCCCUCUGAUGGCCAAUUUCAACCCCGGCUACUCGGACAACUCCACAGUUGCCUACUUUGACAAUGGCACCGUCUUUAUCGUCCAGUGGGACCACGUGUACCUCCAUGGCCGGGAGGACAGGGGCAGCUUCACCUUCCAGGCAGCCCUGCACCGGGACGGCCGCAUUGUGUUUGGCUACAAAGAGAUCCCUAUGUCUGUCCUGGAGAUCAGCUCAUCCCAGCACCCAGUCAAAACGGGUCUCUCAGAUGCCUUCAUGCUGCUCAACCCUUCCCCUGGUGUGCCAGAAUCUCGGCGGAGAACCAUCUUUGAGUACCACCGCGUGGAACUGGAUCCCAGCAAGGUGACCAGCACAUCGGCCGUGGAGUUCAUCCCAUUGCCAACCUGUUUGCAGCAUCGGAGCUGCGACGCCUGCCUGUCCUCCGACCUCACCUUCAACUGCAGCUGGUGCCAUGUCCUGCAAAGGUGCUCCAGUGGCUUUGACCGCUACCGCCAGGAGUGGCUGGCCUACAGCUGUGCGCAGGAGGCUGAGGGCAAGACGUGUGAGGACUUCCAGGACGAGGACCAUUACUCGUCCUCCCCAGACAGCUCCCUUAGUCCCUCGGACAGAGACCUAAGCACCACCUCCUCCUCUCUCUCCGUGGACAGCCUCACCACUGAAGAUGACACCAAGUUGAAUCCCUACGCAGGGGGAGAUGGCCUCCAGAACAACCUGGCCCCCAAAACUGAGGGUGCCCCUGUGCACCUGGGCAUCAUCGUGGGCAUCCUGCUGGCAGUGCUGCUCGUUGCAGCCCUCAUCCUGGUGGGGAUCUACAUCAACAGCCACCCCACCUCCAAUGCUGCGCUCUUCUUCAUCGAGCGGAGACCCCACCACUGGCCGGCCAUGAAGUUCCGCAACCACCCCAACCUCUCCACCUACACGGAGGUUGAGCCCGUGGGCCACGAGAAGGAGGGGUUCGUGGAGGCCGAGCAGUGCUGAGUGUUGGGACUUCCAAAAGUGGAAGGAAGGAAGACCCUGGACC